GUGGUUGUGUUUAAUUUGCAUUUUACCUUGUUUAGACUUAUCUUCAUUUUUUUAAACUAAUCAUUGUUUAGGUGUAUUAUGGAUAUGAAGAAAAGGAGGAAGAAAAAGCAGAGAAUAUUUUGGCUUAUAACUGCAUGUACAACAAGUGCUAUAGCUACAUAUUACUACAAAUACAUUUACAAAGAACCAUGCAUGACUUCACAUCAAAGAGGGGAAGAUUGGAUGAGAGAAAUUCUAAAUGGACAUCCUAUUCGAUGUGUGAAUGCCUUUAGAAUGGAAUCAAGAGUAUUUUUGCUACUAUGUGAAGAGUUACAAUCCAAAUAUGGAUUAACACCUAGUAGGAACAUGACAGUGGUUGAAAAAGUGGGUAUAUUUGUUUAUACUAUUGCGUUGGGUCUCUCUAAUAGAGAUGUUGGUGAGCGAUUUCAACGUUCUGGUGAGACUAUUAGUAGAACCAUUACCCAAGUUUUAGAAGCGAUUUGUGGUAGAAAUAAAGGUUAUAUGGGUCUUGCACGGGAUGUUAUACAACCAAAGGAUCGAAACUUUCAAUUCAUACCACCUCAAAUCGCCAAUGAUACAAGAUACAUGCCUUAUUUUAAGGAUUGUAUUGGAUGCAUUGAUGGUACUCAUGUGGCAGCAUGUAUUCCCGAGGCUGAUCAAUUGCGUUAUAGAGGGAGAAAAGACAUCCCCACUUUCAAUGUCAUGGCUGUGUGUGACUUUGAUAUGUGUUUUACAUUUUUGUCUGUUGGGUGGGAAGGAUCAGCACAUGAUACACGUGUUUUUCUUCAUGCGAUUAACACGCCAACAAUGAAUUUUCCUCAUCCUCUACAAGGUCGAUAUUAUUUGGUUGAUAAAGGAUAUCCGGAUAGGCUGGGAUAUUUAGUAUCGUAUCCUAAAAUAAGGUACCAUCAAUCGCAGUUUCAAAGAGAGGCGCCAACCAAUGCUAAAGAAACUUUUAAUCGUGCGCAUUCAUCUCUUCGUAGUUGUAUUGAGAGGUCAUUUGGAGUCUUGAAGAAAAGAUGGAAGAUUCUUCACCAAAUGCCACAGUAUAGUGUGAAGACCCAAAUUGAUAUUGUUAUGGCCUCAUUUGCAUUGCAUAAUUAUAUUCGCAUUAACUCAGUCGAUGAUCCGUUGUUUACAGUGUUAGAACGGCAACCAAAUUAUGUACCCGAAGAUGAAACUCAAGAUGAACUCGAGGAUCCUGAUGAGAAUAGUAAUUCUUCAAGAGGGACAACUUCUGAAAUGAGGGAAGUUCGUGAUAACAUUGCUCGCUUAUUAUGGGAGUCAAUGUGAUAAUUGCCUACAGUAUUAGAUGUCAUAUUUACUGUUUUCUUUCAAUUGACCUCUCAAUGUUUGUGUAUUUUUCAUAAUAUUUUCCCUUAUUAUGUGAUGAUGGUUAUUGUUUUUAUCACGUGCAUUGCAUGUGCAAUCUAACUAGUAAAUAAAUAAAUAAAUGA